AUGGCCGGGAUACACUACUAUUAGGACUGCGUAUUUGGACAAACCGUUCCAGGAACAGGCCUACUUUCAAAUUCAACGCAGCUGCCAAGCCUCAAUAAUACUGCGCCGCUGAUCGUGGCACUGGCUCCUGAAAGACCACGUUCUGGGACGCUUGAUGAUGUUCAUGAGCUUGUUUGUCAUAGACUGGCUGCCUUGACCUUCCCAUACUUCAGCUGGUAUUCUACAGCCCUUCAGGCCGACAAGGAAGGUUUGAAUUUUGAGAUGGUAUUCUGGUUAUGAUAGCUGCGUGUAUUGACGUGGGAGCUGCGCGCUAUUCGACAGGGUUCUGAGCUACUUGCAAGGCCGAGUAGUCAUCACUUUUACAUUCUUCGUGGGCCGGCCAUCCAGUAGAUAUAAAAAGCGCUCCUGACGGCCUGCUUCGUUUCCAUUGUCAUAUACUAGGUUGACCAAAUUGUGGUCAGCAAUGGGCACAAUUAUUCUCCUGGUGUGUGUUGUCGUAUUCAUCGUUGGCUCACUGGCAUGGAAGCUCCUAUCCUUCAUUAUCGGGUCGUACUUGUCACCGUUGCGAUCCUUGCCUGGUCCUCCCAGUCCAAGCUGGUUCUACGGUCACUUUCAGACAAUGUUAGCGUCCGAGACUUCCGUUCCGCAGGAACAGUGGGUGGAAAAUAUGGUAACAAUAUCACUUAUAUUGAACUCUUCAACCUUAAUCGCCUGUGGACAGUGGAUACGCGAGCUCUCAAUCAUAUUCUCACUCAUUCGACCGACUUCCAGAAGACCACGAUCACUCGGCGGAUGAUCACUCAAUUUGUUGGUGCUGGGAUCCUUGCUACAGAAGGCGAGCAGCAUAGACAGCAGCGUAGGGUCAUGAACCCUGCUUUUGGGCCAGCUCAAAUCCGGGAGUUGACACCUAUCUUCAUCAACAAAGCAAUUCAACUUCGCGAUAUCUGGUUGUCUGAGAUUUCUCAAAACAAUGGAUGCAAGCGAAUCGACAUCUUGAAUUGGUUAAGUCGAGUAACACUCGACAUCAUAGGUCUAGCCGGGUUUGAUUACGAGUUCAGAAACCUAGAGACUGGUCAACUCAACGAGCUGAGUGAAGCGUUCAAAGUCAUUUUCAACGGUAAUUCACGGGCACGAAUAAUCACCCUCCUGAGAGAGUUCAUCCCUAUACUGAGCAUCAUUCCUACUGAACACAGUAGACGUGUGGGCGAAGCGAAACGUGUCAUGCAUCGUAUAGACAUUGUGAAGUGCAGGGAUCUUGAGGGCAGGGAUCUUCUGACUUUACUCCUCAAAGCUAACAUGGCUACGGACAUUCCGGCUAAUCAGAAAUUGAGUGAAGAAGAUGUACUGGCUCAGAUUCCGACAUUCCUUGUAGCCGGCCAUGAAACGACGUCAACCGCGGUGACUUGGUGUCUUUACGCUCUGACUCAAGCUCCCGAAGUCCAACAGAAACUUCGUGAAGAGCUCCUCUCCGUUCCCACCGAGACACCGACCAUAGACGAGCUUAAUUCCCUGUCGUAUCUCGAAAUCGUUGUCAGGGAGACACUACGUCUCUAUGCUCCUGUGCCCACAAUCGUACGACAGGCCAUGAAGGACGAUGUGAUUCCUGUUGGUGAACCAUACACAGACCGGUUUGGUGAAGUGAGGGACGAGAUCCGCAUUCGGAAGGGCGAUGUGAUCAUGGUGCCCAUUCUUGCUAUGAAUCGUUCAACCAAGCUCUGGGGCUCAGACGCUCACCAAUUCAAGCCAGAGCGAUGGGAGAAGCCCCCAGAAUGUGUUACAAAUAUUCCCGGUGUUUGGGGGCACCUCAUGACUUUCUUGGGCGGACCUCGUGCUUGUAUUGGAUACCGUUUCUCUCUCGUUGAGAUGAAGGCGAUACUAUUCACAUUCGUCCGCGCAUUUGAAUUUGAGCAUGCAGUUCAGCCAGAAUCCAUCAUCAGGAAGAACACUUCCAUUCCACGACCUUAUGUUUCCACUGAACCGGAGAAAGGAGACCAGAUGCCGUUGCUUGUGAAACCAUACCGUGUUUCGUAGCCGACUUCUGAUACCAUUCACAUUGGCGGAUUAGGCUUGUUGGUGCCGACUCUUGUUAGAAAAUCGAAUAGGAAGUAUUGUGUACAAGAUCAUAUUUUCGAUGGACUGUAUGUUUGCAAUUGGGAUAGAUACAUAAGUGGUUGAUGCCAUGCUGA